AAGAUUUGUGAUAAGAUUUAUCAAAAGAUGGCGUUGGAUAUCGAAGGUCACGUACAUAGUGACGUCACGUAUAAGUUGACUGGGGGUAGCGGAAAUGACGUAUUUGGAGAACUUGAUAUGUUAUUUCUGGAUGGAGGAACACAAAAAUAUUUACAAUCGAUAUUAGACACAGAUGACGUCAUAGAGAAAUUUGUGAACGUCACAAAGAAUCUUGAAACGACCAAAACUACUUUGCCAGAUGUGAAAAGUUUCAGUCGUAAACCCAGCAGCGAGAACACAAGUAUGACGUCGUCAAUGGCCAAUAUGUCGUCACAAUCCAACGAAUCAGAAAAGUUACAUAUAGGCCAAGAUACUCUAAUGGAUUUAUCAUCAGCGAAGGGCGGACAUUCGUCAAAAAUGACACACCCUAUGACGUCAGUCUCAGAUAUGUCGUCAGCAUUGACGUGUGAUACGGGAAUUCACCAUGAAUCAUCUACGAACAAUGCCAUUUCCCCACAGCUAGUCUUUACUCCAGUAAACACUAUUAAAGAUAAUAUUGAAGCCAUGCAAUACGAAACAGAUCACGAAAUAAAACUAACAGACCUUAGCUGGAGUAACCGCAUUUCUAACCCGCUCAUACCGGAGCAACUCCAAACCCCAAAAGACAAUCCACAGUUUGCUGUGCCUACACCAAAACACCACAUGAUACCAAAUGGCCCGCAUUCCUAUUGCUACAUUCUUCCAAAUGGGCAAAUAAGUCCAUAUCCAAUAUUUUCAACGUACAACUUAAACAACCUCCCUCCUCCACCGCCUUACCCUGGACUCAAAAUGUCGGAACAUGUCGAGAGUGAACAAAAGAUGGCGACGAUGCAAAACAACUUUACCACAUUUACCGCAGAGGUCAAUCAGAACUUCGAUGAACGGGUUGAACUUCCGCCUCCGCAAGUCCAACGAAAACGACCAACUCGUAGACCAAGAAGAGUUACAAUACAUAAAUGCAGCUUCAACGGAUGUGAGAAAACAUACACAAAGAGUUCGCACCUGAAAGCCCAUGUGAGAACACAUACAGGAGAAAAACCGUAUCGUUGUAAUUGGAUGGGCUGUGGAUGGAGAUUCGCUCGAUCAGAUGAACUCACCCGACAUUACAGGAAACACACUGGACAUCGCCCGUUUAAAUGUGCCAUGUGCGAGAGGGCAUUCAGCCGUUCUGACCAUCUUGCUCUACAUAUGAAACGGCACGUGUACUGAUUUGUCAGUGACGUCAUUAUGAUGACGUCAUAGAACUAUUAAAAAUUGGAGUUGAAAUAAUAGAAGAAGGGUAUUUGUCAUCGAAAAAAUAAUAUGAGAAAUGAAAUGUGGACAAUCUCAGAACUAGGGGUUUCUUUGCGAGCAGUAUCAUUAAUACUUUUAUAGCCAAUAUCAAGUACUUCUCCAUUAACUUGGUGUUCAAAAAACUUUUUCGCGAUACAUGAGUUUCUCGUGAAUCCGAAGUCACAUGCUUAUUUUAUACAUUAAAUCAACGCUAAUCACGUUAUCACGUUAAGUAUAGAAUCAAUUCUACUCACAAAUUGACUAGGCGAUGUGGCCAGAUGAAUACUGUUUUAUUUUUAAACAUUUUAAUAUAAAUACUUGAGAUAUCGGAUCUUUUAUACGAAGCUCCCACCACUAAUGCGAAAAUGCCUCACCACGUUUUAAAAUACCAAAUUAGUAAUUAUCCAGUUCGGUUAGGAAUGAUUUGGAAAAUUUUCAGCAUAUUCUGUAUUCCUAGCCUUCACCCAAGAAUAAUUACUAUUUUUUUGUGCGGUGGCGUUUUUUUUUCUCCGGGGGAUUUGUACAGAAAAUCCGAGAUCUUUUUCAACGAAGCCAAAGAACUACACUUCGCGUUUACAUUUGAGAAAUGAAACUCGGGCUCUGAGGCAAAUACCUAUAAUUAUAAAUUUUGUUAGUGUGUUGUCCAUUUUUUGUUACAGUUUUUUAAACGUUAAUUAAGCUUCUUUUUUACCUUUUUACUAUGGAAUAUACAAGAAUAUUGAUA